AUGCACAUUUAUCGUAGUCAAUCUGCCCUAAAUAUUCCUUUUGGACCUGGCAUUACCCGAACAUAUUCAAAACCCUCAUUUGCAACUUAUAUGUGUAGUGGAGGGCAUUGGCCGAGCACUACCCCUUGUUGGCCGUAUGCUUUCUCUUAUUAUUACCCCCUUUCGAGUUCGUAUUUUUACUAUUACAAGCCUUGGAGGUUGAAUUAUAAUGCAUAUCGCUAUUACCGAACAUUGGCUGAUUCUAAUUGGGAAGAACGUUUUCAUUAUUAUACACCGCCACAAAGAAUUGAAAGAAAUUAUCUAAAAAAUUGGGAAUAUCCAGAGGAUAGACAUAAACCUCUCUAUAUGAAUUAUUGGCUUGUUUGAAAGUUUGUAGAAAAAUAAUUUUUUUCUUAUUUUCAGUGAAAGUUAGAUGAGAACAAAAAUAU